AUGGAAAAGAUUGACAAACUUAAAGAAUUGAUUUUACAUGACGACCUGAUAAAAGAGGUGCAAAAAUUGUCAUAUGACUGUGAUGUCUGUACAAAAUCUUUCUCUCAAAAAUAUGACCUAGUUAUUCAUAAACGUAUUCAUGCAGGAAAGAAACUUUGUGCAUUAACUGUUCACAAACGUACUCAUACAGGAGAGAAGCCAUAUCGCUGUGAUAUCUGUGGUAAAUCUUUCUCUUAUAAUAGUAACUUAACUAAACACAAACGUAUUCAUACGGGAGAGAAGCCAUAUAGCUGUGAUAUCUGUGGUAAAUCUUUCUCCAACAAUAGUGAUGUAACUAAACACAAACGUAUUCAUACGGGAGAGAAGCCAUAUCACUGUGAUAUCUGUGGUAAAUCUUUCAGUCAACGUAGUCACUUAAUUACACACAGAAGUAUUCAUACAGGAGAGAAGCCAUAUAACUGAU